AUGUACUCCCUUGUCCUCAAACUCCGCCGUCUAUUCCUCUCCAAUACCACGGAUCGCCGGCGCACCGCCACCGUCGACAGCACCUCUAAUGGCAGCGGCGAAGACCAUAUCAGCGCCCUCCCCAACAGUCUCCUCUCCGAAAUCGUCUCCCGCCUCCGCAUCACCGACGCCAUCCACACCACCACACUUUCGCAUGGCUGGUCAGGGGUCUGGCACUCGGCCCCGCUCAACCUCGACGACUCCCAGCUCCGGCGCCGUCCCGGUGAGGAGCGUGCCCUGGACGAGCUCUCCAAUGCUGCCAUGGUUGCCAGGGUGUCCAGCAUCCUGUCCUCCCACCCUGGCCCCUUCCGCAGCGUCCGCUUGACCUGCACCGGCAUGGGGUCUCACCGCGAGGCCCUGAACAGCUGGUUCGGGGCCUUCGCCGCCAAGCACCUCGAGGAGCUCUCCUUCCUCAGUCUGCAGCACCCAGACAACGUCACGGUGCCCGGCGAUCUCUUCCGUUGCGAGUCCCUGAGGCGGCUCCACCUCGGCGGCGUCCGGCUGCCGGCGGAGGCCGCCGGAAUCAUCUCUCGUGCCGGCCACGGCCACAUUCUCCGUGAGCUACGGGAGAUCUGUCUGUAUCGCUGCAUCUUGCAGGGAUCGGACGUCGAGACCCUGCUGUCCUGCAGCCCAAAGCUGGAGGAGCUAUCACUCGUCAGCAGCAGCUCAUGCGGCCGGCCGCUGAGGAUGCGUGUUCACAGCCACAGCCUCCGGUGCAUGCUGUACUGGGUCUCCUCGCCGGAGGAGCUCGACGUGUCCGCGCCACCCCUUGAGCGCCUCAUCCUCUGGAACGAUGAUACUUUGCAGUGGAGUGGCUGCAAGAAGAUCAUGAUCCGCUCUGCACCGAGGCUCCGGGUCAUUGGACAUCUCAGUCCCGGUGACCAUGUUCUGCAGAUUGGUGAUACUGUGAUCAAGAAUGGCAUGAAGGCUAGUGCUACUACGGUUGUUCCGAGUGUUGAGGUGUUGGCGAUGACUGUUCGUUUUGGUCUUCGCAAGGAGGAGCAGAUGUCUAUUGCACAUACUCAGAGCAAUGAUGAGGAUAACAUGGAAUUCUGGAAAAAUGUUGACUCCAUCCAAUGUGUUCGGUCAAGCAUCAAGAAGAUCAUAUUUGAUGAUUUCAGUGGAGAGGAGUGUGAACUUGCAUUCCUCACUUCCAUUGCACAGAAUGCAAAUCUGCUGGAAGAGAUUUACAUUAUCCCUUCCAAGAAGGAUUUUUCUGCAGGGUAG